AUGGCUCGUCGUUGGGCCAGACGAGUGGAGCGUGGCUGCUGCCUCUUCGCGACAUACUUGCCCCUUACGCUGGUGUAUGGCCUCACGACAUGGGCUCUCUGGGUAGACGUGAGCAUAGGCUCGUUACCUACCAAGAUGCCUUGGAUUGGCACUGGAACUUCAAUCGGCGCCGUCAUCAUUUACGCUCUGCUCAACUGGUCAUAUACUACCGCCGUCUUCACCGACCCCGGCAGCACCACCAACAAGUAUGGCUAUUCCGAGCUUCCGACGGAAGCACCCCCGGUUGCCACCUCGUUCACGGUCAAGUCGAACGGCGAGAUGCGGUUCUGCAAGAAAUGUCAGGCCAGGAAGCCGGACCGCGCCCACCACUGCUCCAGCUGCCGCCGCUGUGUGCUCAAGAUGGACCACCACUGCCCGUGGCUGGCUACAUGCGUCGGGCUCCGCAACCACAAGGCCUUCCUCCUCUUCCUCAUCUACACCACUCUGCUCUGUUUCUACUCCUUCGCCCUCGCGGGCGCUUGGACCUACGUCGAAAUCAUCGACAACAACACCACCUACGUCGACGCCCUGCUACCCAUCAAUCUCAUCAUCCUGAGCGUCGUCGCCGGCAUCAUCGGCGUCGUCAUCGGCGCCUUUACCGGGUGGCACGUCAUGCUCGCCGGCCGCGGGCAGACGACGAUCGAGUGCCUCGAGAAGACCCGCUACCUCUCUCCCCUCCGCAAGACCAUGGAAAGCCGCACGAUCCGCGGCAUGCCGCUUCCCGGGUACGGCCGCCAGCUCAUCGACAUGCACGCCAACGCGCUCCCGGGCAUCACGCGUCCCGAAGAAGGCGAGGAGAUGCGCAGGGACCCGGCCGGCCGGGACGGCCAGCGACGACCCAUGGCCAUGUCGUACGAGGAGCUGGAGCGGCAGCGCGCCCGGAAGCGCUACGAAGAGUACCUGGACGAGCAGGACUCGAAGAACCUGCCCAGCGCCUUCGACCUGGGGUUCAAGCGCAACCUGCUGCACCUGUUCGGGCCGUCGCCGCUCCUGUGGUUCGUCCCCGUCUGCAACACCACGGGAGACGGCUGGUCAUGGGAGCCGAGCCCCAAGUGGCUGGCGGCGCGGGAACGCAUUGCGGCCGAGCGGGAGGCGCAGCGCGCGAGGGAGGUCACGGCCGGUUGGGGUGCGGAGGCGCCUCCGCAGUUUUACGCCCCCAGCGUGCCGUUGUCGUUGUCGUUGCCGUUGCCGUCGCCAUCGCCAUCGCCGUCGCCGUCUCAGUUUGGUGCGGGGCGCCACUAUCUACAACCGCAAAAAACGCAAGCACAGCGAUCGUCAUCGUCGUCGGCCGCGUCUCCGUCGGCCGCGUCUCCGUCGGCCACGCCCUCUCGGUCGUCGCCUUUACCCUCGCCCUUCGGACGCAAGAUGCCGUCCAAGGCGGAUCGCGUGCUGGGCCGGGACCCGAACUUGUACGCGGAUGGUCCGCAGGAGGCGGUGUCGAUGCAGAGGCUCAACCGCAAAGGGCGGGCGCUCGAGGAUGAGUUGGGACUUACGGAUGAGAAUUAUGAAGACGAUGACGAAGAAGAAGAAGAUGACGAUGACGAUGAGAAGUAUCGCGACGACGACGUUGGCAACAAGUGGGGGGACGACGGCGAGAAUAGCCGACUCGUCCGCAAGGGUGGUGGAACGGCGGUCACGAAGACGGGUCGGAAGGAUGAGGUCGCGGCGGUCGUGGAGCACCGGACGUUGAACCUCGUGACGAAUGGAAAUAACUGGAGACGCGGUGGCGCCAGCGGGUUGCUGCGAACGGCCAGCCACAGCCCGGUCGCGACACGGGCGGCGGUUAGUUCCAAGGAUCCAUUGGAAGACGACGACACGGUGGACUAA